AAAUCAAUCGAUCCUUUUUCACUUAUUAUCGAUCAUUUCAUAGAAUCGAUUCAUCGCUGUUAUGAAAUUCUAAAUUUGCUCAACCUUUCACACGUUUUCUUUUUGUUUAAUUCUUGAAUUAUUGAUUGUUGAUUAUGGCCAAUAAAUAUUUAAAGCUGGUUCCUCUGAAAAUAAACAAUUUGUUUUUCGGUUUCGUGCGAAAUUUAGCUAAUUCCUCAUCUGAUCAUCAACAAAUAAUUAUCCCUGAGCGAAUACCAAGGAAUGGCACCGACAUCCUUACAGCUCUUUCAUCAACAGUUGGCAUGGAUUCAACGGCACCAGCUCUCAAAUUCAUAGAUGAUCCAUUUUUGAUACCCAACAAUAGACAUCAGAAACUAGUUUAUUCUUUGUCCAAAGAAUCUGGAAUCAAAGCUGCCAAAUUUUUUAUGGCCAAAUUUCCACAUCUUUUCAAUCGGGAUGAAGCUGAACCAAAAGUUGAAGCUUUUCACUUCAAAGAUCUAUUUGAUGAGACGAUGGACUUGACUGAAAAAGAUCUCGAGUAUUCCAUCAAAAACAAUCAAGUAGAUAAUUCAAUCACCGCUUUUAAAAGUGUGUCAUCUAAAGAUGGAAAAAUUUCAGAUGAUUUGAAAAAAAAUUUACUUCAAUUAAUCUGCUAUUUCAACAGUCUUGAACCAGCUGAUUGGGACUUGAGAGAAAAAUUCAUUUCAGAAAAACCUCAAGACUCCAUUUGGGUUUCAGAUUUCGCCUUUGAAGUUUUCAACUCAAUCAAGAAUAAAGACGGCGAAGCUUUUAGCAUAAUGAUUGCCGGCCUUUGCAAACAUUCAUCCAUUGAAAGAGCCUUACAGCUCUAUGAUGAAGUGAAAAGAGAUAACAUCUCACUUACCAUCGAAGGCUAUAAUGCAAUCAUAUCAACUUGUAUUCGUGAGCAGACAUUUGAAAAUAGAUGGUCAGCAAUCAUGAAUGUGAUCGACGAUAUGAACUUAAAUAAAGUAGCUCCAAACUUGACUACUUUCUCCAAUAUUUUCAAUAUCCUCUCAAGGUGUAAAGCCAAUACACAAACGAGAGAAAAGGCCCGAGGGCUAAUGGGAGAGUUGAAGAAAUUGAAAAUUGAGCCAAGUUUAGGAAUUUUCAAUGAUCUACUCAGGAUUUAUACCAAUGGCAAUAACAUUCGACCAAGAAUAUUAGAAGAAAUCUUAGAAGAAAUUGGAAACAAGGAACUCACCAUGAGGCACGAAAAAGACACGCUUUUUUUUAAUACUGCAAUGAACAUUUGUUCUAAUAUAUUAUCUGAUGUUCAAUUGGCCUACAAAUUACAUGAUUUGGUUACAUCCCAUAAUAAUUUUUUGCUUUUUGAAACCACCGACUCUGAAGGUCGUUACUAUAAUAAUUUUUUCAAAUUGAUCAUUAAAAGUGAAUCAAUUGACAAAACUAUGGAAAUUUACGACAAAUAUGUUCCGUAUUUUUUUGUUCCUGAUACAAAAAAUCUGAUCGAACUUUUGGAAACAAUUGAAAUUUAUGAAGCUGAUGAAUAUAUACCACAAAUAUGCUCAGAUUUUAUUGCAUUCGAGUAUUUCUACUCUCAGGACUGUAUGGUUAAAUUUCUACAAAUUUUAUCUAAAAAACUGUACCCUGAAGAUAUUCAGCUCCACGUAAACAACACUAUUUCUGAGAUUCUGCGAUUCACUGAAAGAAAAACAACCAAAGAGCCUAAGAAACAACAAUCAAUCGGGGACAAACAUCAUGCUUAAUGCUGAAUAUUGAUUCUAGGCAUUGAACUUUACCCAACUUACUUUCUAAUUAAAUUGAAUUUAGAUUUGAUUGACUAUUCAAUUGAACUUUUUGGUCCAAUUAGGUAAAUUGAUUAUCACUUAAUCAUUAUCAUUAUGACCUGAAAUGAGAAAUGAAAUAAUCAGAUAAAUUGGAUGAAAAAUGAGCAAAACCAAGUAAAAAUGAUCAUCAUUAACUUGUAUUGUCUUUUGACAAUCAUUAACUUGAGACAAUUUGAGUGGCACACUAAUUGUUGAAUGUCUAAAAUGACUGAUAAUCUUUAUUGCAAUCAAACUAAUUACCAAUAACCAUGGUCAA